CAGUUGAAGAAGUUCGUGUCUAGCGGUAGUUCGUGUUCUCUUUGCAUCUAUCGUAACUGUUAUUUCUCUACGAACACUUUCAGCAUCGAUAUCUUGAGAAAAAACGCAAGCAUGAAGACUGCCGUCGCUCUUUUCUGCGUACUUUACGUCGUAUGUUGCGGGGUUACUGCCAAUGAGAUGUCCGAGACGUGCUUGAAACAAAUGGGUCUUAAUAUCUUCGACCUAGGAAACUUAAUUCGCGACAACAGCCCAGAGGGAAUAAGAACACGAGGAUGCUUCGAAGGUUGUCUGAUGCAAAAGAUAGGUCUGAUGGAUGGCAACGUUAUUAAUCUACGUAAGAUCGACGAGCAGAUCGACAGAGCAUAUCCUGACAGUGAGAAGAAGGACAUCAUUCGUGAUACCGUACACCAAUGUGCCUAUAGUGCUGCAAACGACGACCAAUGCGUGGUUGCCCAAAACUUUGGCAGAUGUGGCCUAGAUCAACUGAGAUUCGCUGAACUCGCUCAUCGAUUGACAUAAUCAACAACGGCGUAAAUCAUCGAGGCUGUCUCUUAAACGCAACAAAUUCCGGCAAUGUAAUUCAUGUAGCUUGUAGGAUAAUUCGCUGAAUUAAUUGUAAAUAUUAUCAAUAAAACGAAAAGCAUUUAAA